UGAUUGUUUCAUUUCCUUAUUAGUGCAUGCAUACAGUAGAAGAAAAUGUUUCAAGGCCCACAAAGAGACAAGCAUCUAAUAUUGUUGGUCCUGCUUCUAGCAAAAGGAUUAAGUUGCAACUAGUACGAAGCAAAAAGUCUGUGCCAGAGACAGUUAGGGGUAAGGGCAUGCAUACAUCAUCAAGUAAUGUUGCUACUAUGGGUACUCAGCCUUCUCAUGCUGCAAUCAAGAGUUUGGGACUUAAAUCUGGAUGUUUAAGACCUGUUAUGAGAUCUAGUAGGUUGUUAGCCACUUUUAAGGAAGCCAACGCUAACAUAGAUGUACGAACAGUUGAUCCCACUUGUGAUGAAGGUGAACCAGCAAGGACAGCAGGAGUUGUGAUUCAUGAACCAACAAGGAGGUCAGAAAGAGUGAUUGUACCAAUGGUGGAGAAGGGAAUCCAACGAAUAGAAGCUAAGAAGAAAUGGAAAAGACCUGCAUGGCAACCUUGAUAGUUUAUGUUGGUUGUGUGUUAUGAAAGAACAAUUUGUUUGAGUUAUGUAUGAAGGGAAAAUUUGGUUGGUUUGUUGGAAAUGUGGUUUAUAUUGGUUUUGUGUUAUGAAGGGACAAUAUGGUUGCUUUCUUGGAAAUAUGGAUUAUGUUGGUUUUGUGUUAUGAAGGGACAAUUUGUUUGGUUUGUUGGAAAUAUCCUUAAACAUUUGGUUGUAUUUUGGGGUUGAUUGGU